CUUAAUAUCUGGACGAGCAGGUAUGAAUAGGUUCUUCAAAUAAUAGAAGUCUGUCGUAAACAGUUGACUUUUUAUAAAUUAUUACCUGCACAAAUGAGAUUUAUUGUCAGUACGAAACCCUUCCACUGAGGCUAUUUGCGACCGAAAUGGGAAAGAAAAAACUCAUAGACGUGGUAACAAUUGCUGUUGAAGACAAACUAGAUUCUAAUGGAGCGCUGCGUAACGUUGCGGUAAAAGAUGCAUGGCAAAGACUCAGGCAAAAUAUUGAUGUGAGAGAAUGGAAAGAUGCAGAGAGCGUUCUGAAAGAAUUAUCUGAUAAUCUACAAAAGAUAAAUAUGUUAAAAUCUAUGACGAGUACAUUCGGUAAACUUAAAUCAGCCUUUCAGAAUCCAGACCAAAUGGUAGAAGAGAAUGACUAUCUCAGUGCUAAAGAUACUCCUCGUGACGACAAACGCCAGACCUUGCAAAUGGCAAAUGACCUAAAGAAGGCACGAGAAGACGUCGAUGAGUUUUGUGCGUGCUUACAGAGGGUCAAGGAAACUCUAGACAAAAACAACGAUGUUCCUGGAAGAAUUGACGUUCCAGGUGGCGCGUCUGCAGAAAUACAAUCCUGCUAUAAAUCGUUGUUAUUUAUUUGCGAGAAAUGUAAAAAGAGUCUAAGAGAAAAUGAGCAUCUGAAGAAACGUAUUGAAAAUACAGAAACACGCAGUAAAGACAUGGAAAAGCAAAUAAAUGAAAAAGAAGAUCAAGUAAACAAGCUGACUCAAACGGUCGAUCUUUUGGAAAAGAAGCACAGCAGCAUGAAAGAAGAGAAAAUGGACAAUAUGAAGGAACAACUGAAAGUUAAAAGUCUAGAAAGACAGGUGGAAAUGAAAGAUGCGGAAAUGGAUAAGCUGAAGCAAGAUAACGAAAACCUGAAGAAACGAAUAAACGAAAUAAUGGAUGAGAAGGGAUCGGAACUAGCGGACUUAUAUAAUCCAUUUCCUCCUGAAAAAUUAUCAGAACAGUUUAAAGACUUGUUUAACACUCUCUGGAAAGAAUCCUUUGAAUUCUAUAAAUCCAAACUGAAGAAGACAGAAAGAGAGUCAGCGGGAAGACUUCUACAAAUACUCUGUGAUGCUUGUUUAUUUUGCACGGAAUCUAGUGCAAAUCAAAUGCAGAAGCUUCUGAGUGAAUUCAUUUAUCCAGGCGAUACCCCGGAGGCAAUGCAUGAUCUUUCAAAAGUGGAGGAAUCUGAUGUUAAACAAUUGCAGAAUCUACGGAAGCAGACAUGUCGAUUGUCUUGUGAGUUUGUGAAAAAUUCAUUUGUGACGAAACUUGAAUCUGCAAACGGAGAGACUUACACAUUUGAUGAACUUACCGUCUGUAUGCCAUACAUAGAACGGUGUAUCGAAAUAUGCUGGUUCCUUAAUUUACAAACACCUCCAAUGCACAUUGGGUUCGAGGACAACGCCUUGCAAGACAUUGCUGUGGAUAAAGCUAAAUAUGAAAUCACAUCCGGAAAAGGAGCUAAAGUUGACAUCGUGAUGUGGCCACCGUUAUACAGAGCUAAAGAAGGACUGUUGAUGUCCAAAGGUUGCAUCAAGACUAAAUAAUGUGUCAAUUGUAUAGGAAUAUUUUUAUAUCCAUAUAAAAUAGACACUUCGAUUUCAUUAAAGUCUUCCAUAAAGAUGCUUGCAUGCUUUAUGAAUGUUUCAGCAAAAUUUGUUCAAAGGUUUGUUCUAAGAAUAAGUCGGCUAUUUUCGGAACUUUGUCAAACAGUUUUGUCUUUAAAACUAGAAACUGUUUGUUAAAUGUUUUUCUAACUGAUGUAGAUAGAGUUGCCAUGUUAACCUGUUCAUGUUUGAAGGGUGUUUUAAAAUUCUAAGCUAAUAAAUCAAAACUAAUUGCAUUG